UCCGGGGGUCCCGGGGUCCCCGGGGGUCCCAGCCCGGCCGCCGUGUCCCUCGGCCUCAGCGUGGCCGUCGUGUCCAGCCUGGUGAACGGAUCCACCUUCGUCCUGCAGAAGAAGGGAAUCGUCCGGGCCAAGAGACGAGGAACUACCUAUCUGAAGGACGUAGUUUGGUGGUUUGGCACAAUUGCAAUGGCUCUCGGGCAGAUUGGAAAUUUCCUAGCCUACACCGCUGUUCCUACUGUGCUGGUGACCCCCCUGGGUGCCCUAGGAGUUCCGUUUGGGUCCAUAUUAGCAUCUUACCUGCUGAAGGAGAAGCUGAACAUUUUGGGAAAGUUGGGCUGUUUGCUAAGCUGCGCCGGCUCUGUUGUUCUCAUUAUUCACUCACCAAAAUCUGAGAGCGUAACAACCCAGGCUGAGCUGGAAGAGAAACUUAUGAAUCCAGUGUUCGUCGGCUAUCUCUGCAUCGUGCUCCUCAUGCUUCUCCUGCUGAUCUUCUGGAUCGCGCCAGCCCACGGGCCCACCAAUAUCAUGGUGUACAUCAGUAUUUGCUCCUUGCUGGGGAGUUUCACCGUACCCAGCACCAAAGGGAUCGGUCUGGCGGCUCACGACAUCCUGCACAAUAACCCGUCGAGCCAAAGGGCCCUCUGCCUUUGUCUGGUCCUCCUGGCCGUGCUGGGUUGUAGCAUCAUCGUCCAGUUUAGGUACAUCAACAAGGCGCUCGAGUGCUUCGAUUCUUCCGUGUUCGGGGCUAUCUAUUAUGUGGUAUUCACUACGUUAGUCCUCCUGGCUUCCGCCAUCUUGUUCCGGGAGUGGAAUAAUGUCGGCCUGGUAGAUUUCUUGGGCAUGGCCUGCGGGUUCACUACUGUUUCUAUCGGGAUCGUACUCAUUCAGGUCUUCAAAGAGUUCAAUUUCAACCUCGGGGAGGUGAAUAAGCCGAACGUGAAGACGGAUUAAAAUCAGAACGGGGCCUAGGGUGGCUCCGGGAACCGCUGACGGGCUAUGGAAACUUUCCCCUCCGAGUUACCGGUCUCACUCUGACCCGAUGUAAGGGAGACCAGAACGGGUUACCACCUGAAUCACACCGACCGACCUCUUCGGAAUCAUCGCGGGCCUCCGACGGAUUCCCGGUGGGCACGGCCGGGAUUCAGAUCCCUAACCCGGAAGGGCAUUCGCCAACGUCUCAGUGGGCUUCCUCGGCAGAAGGGUGCGGAACCGAAGCAGAUUUGAGAAGCUCGCGCUCCCUGGCCGCAAAACGCUUCCGGGGGCGUGGGCGGGUGCAUCCCUGGAAAACCCAGGCGCUACCCUCCGGCGCGGAGAGUCUUCCGUCCCCGUGGUUCUUAAUCCGAACGUUUCUUUUGAGGGCUAAAGUUGUAUUUUUUUUUUCUUUUUACCGUUUAAAACUCUAAAGUCCCAAAUGUUAGAAAAGCUUUUCUAAAUUUUUUUUAGAAAAAAAAAAAUCACCGGAGGGACUCUUUGGUUAAUCUUAAGAAAGGAUUGCUGUCAUUUAGCAGAAAAUUGCAUUGGGCAUUCUGACUUGGUAUGGCCCACCGAACAAGAACCUCUGAUCCUCCCUGGCUAUUUAUUUCAGAUUGGGAGCGCACAGCUAGUAAUUGAAGCCCUUUGUCCAGGUACAUCCCAAUUUGUUCAGAUUCUCCUGGAGAAUUUUAGUUGAUUCAAGCAUUCCUCCUAGACAGAGGUAGAGAAGCAGUGUGGCUCAGUGGAAAGAGCACGGGCUUUGGAGUCAGAGGUCAUGGGUUUGAA